ACAGAUCUCAAAUUAUUCGGUCAAACGAGCGAUGAAUCCACGGAUGAAGUGUUGAUUAAAAGAGAAGACAAUACAAGACAUGAAACACAAGACAAUAGAGAGAAGACAAGCGCUGAAGAAGUGGUCGACUCUGAAGACAACGAAUCAAAUGAUGGCAUCGAUUGUCAUAUUAAUAACGAUUUAAACGAUGAAACAGACGUUGGAAGUGAUGCCGAAGACAAGUAUCAAAAGACUCAAGAUUUGAUUAAUAAUAGCAUUGAAUUUAAUGAUGAGUUAAAUCGCGAAUCAAUUGAUAGUCAAAUAAUUGAUGAUUUGAACACAAAAUUAGAUAACAAGAGCACAACUGUUAGUGAUGCCGAAGUGAUGCCGAAGACAAUCGAAUCUGUUUACAAAGACAAAGAUGUCCUCAAAUUACCCCAAAUGUCACACUUGAAAGAGUGUCCGCAGACCCACAGUCCGAAUGAGUUGAUCGAAGAAAUAAAUAACGGAUCAGUUGACAGUCAAAGAAUGUGUGAAUUAAACACUAAAAGUAAUAGAAAACGUAAACAAAAAUCAGCGAAAAAUGAAGACAAUAACAGCGAAACUGAAGAAUACGGUUCCGGUUUGAUGAAGGGAUGGCUGGGAAACGGCCAAAAGGAUCGGACGGGAAGGCUAAGAAGACACGCAUUCAGUCAUUUGAAUGAAAAGGAAAAGAAAUCAAUGGUCUAUAAGAAGAUAUCUCGCGGCCGAUACGCGUGUCUUAUGGACGCCUGUAAUGAGACAUUCAAAGAGAUUCGUUACCUCAGAGGCCAUCAAAUGUUGCACUUGAAUGAGCCGUUUAAGUGCCCGCAAACCGACUGUCCGUUUGUAACCAUUAAUAAACUGACUUUAUAUCUGCACGUGAAGACACACCCGAAGCCAUACGCGUGCGAUGAGUGCGGCGCCCGGUUUAAGAUCACUAACAGAUUGACUGAACACAAACAGAAAAAACACACGACCGCCACAUAUCGGUGCGAUUGGCCGGCGUGUGGACGCAGUUAUGCUUUUCAAUAUCUAUUAAAGCAUCACAUGAACACACAUACGGCUGCGGUUAACCACCCGUGCGAAUGGCCCGGUUGUGGACACACCUAUACUAAUAUAAACUCUCUUAGAAUACAUGUGCAUAGAGUGCAUAAAGGGAUGGCUGACUACCGGUGCCAUUGGCCAGAGUGUGACUAUAAGACCACAAAUCGCAUCCGACUUAACAAUCAUAUCCAUAGACAACACGAGGGUUUGGAUGACUACCAGUGCUCUCAUACGGGAUGUGAUUAUAAGACUAAAAAGUGUGGAGAAAUGGAUAAUCACAUGAAAAUUCACACAAAAUCU